UAUAUCGAGAAAAUUAUUCUUAUGUUUAUAUUAAACUUAUGAAUAUCUUAUUAUAUUUUUGUAUCUAAUGUAUCCGACAAGAUAUGAUGUAUGGCCUAGGUAUAGAACACACCGCAUAGCAAAGAAUAAGAAUUGGAUUAAAAAUAGCGUUUUUAAAACACACAUAAAACAAUACUGCAAAGAAACAUCAAUUCACGGGCUCUCUUAUACAGUACAAGAUGGAUACAGUAAAUUGGAACGAAUGUUCUGGACUAUUGUAACAAUAAUUUCGAUAGGAGUAGCAGUUUUUUUAGCAUACCUAAUACUUCAUCGUUUUAGUGUAAGCCCCACUAUAACGACUAUGGAAACUUCCAAUUAUCCAACGUGGAAAAUACCGUUUCCUGCUGUAACUUUGUGCAAUUCGAACAAAGUUAGAAAAAGUGUAGUCUUGGCUAUAUCUGAAAAACUAUCAAAAUUAUAUAAAAUUGAUCCAGUGAAUACCGAAAAUUAUUUCAAAAAAAUUAUUGCUCUCAUAACUAGAGAUGAUAUUGAGUUUUUGGAGAUAGACAGACUUGUUGAACAGAGCGUGUUAAGCCAAAUUAACAAAACCGAUGCUACUAUUGAAGACAUUAUGUACAUGGUUUCACAACCUUGCACCGAAUUAUUAGUUCAAUGCAAGUGGAACGGUAAAAAAACUAACUGUAGCGAAAUGUUUCAUCCGUCAAAGGCUGUUGAUGGACACUGUUGUUCUUUUAAUUACUUUGUUAAUUUACGAAAUUUAACGAGUUAUACCGAUAAUAUUUUGAAUACAGAAUAUAUUGGUGGUACAGGAAGAGAUGAUGGCUUAACAGUUAUUAUGAAUACUAAUUCUAGUGAUUAUUUCGCUGCCAUAUACUCAUAUUAUGGAAUUAAAGUAAUAAUACACGAAGCAGAUAUUUUUCCAGAAACCUCAACGUUAGACGCAAUAGCUCAACCUGGAAAUAUUUUAAAAAUGGCAAUAAAUCCUUAUUAUGUAAAAAGCGAGGAAAAUGUAAAAUCUUUAAAGUUAUCACAGAGACUUUGCUUGUUCCCUGAUGAGGCUAAACUAUUAACGUUGAACUUGUAUGAUUAUCAACAAUGUAUUAAUGAAUGCCGCGUUCGAAUAAUUUAUAACUACUGCAAAUGCAUACCAUUUUUCUAUCCAUUAAGUCUGAAUUCGUCUAUUCUAUGUAAUCUCACCCAUGCUGAGUGCAUGAAUAAAAAUUCAGCUGUUUUUAGUAAUUUGCUACCAGAUAAUGUUAGUGAAAACUCAGAAACUCUGUGUACUGAUUGUUUACCAGAUUGUUCGCAAGUAAGUUAUACAAAGACGAGCACAGUUACAAAACUAAACAAGGAUCAUUUUACAAUCAGCUCUGAUUUAAAUAGUAAUCACAGUAAACUAAGAGUUCUUUAUCAAGAUAUAUUAUGUAUCAAGUAUAGAAGAGAAGCUAUGGUAACAUGGGAUACAAUUGUUGCAUCAUUAGGGGGAAUAUUUGGUCUAUGUCUUGGAGGCAGCGUUUUAAGUAUUGUGGAAUUAAUAUUUUAUUUUACAAUAAGAUUGUUUAGAAGAAUACAUGAUAACAAAAGGAAAAAACAAAAAACUAUUCCUAAAUAUUACUAGAAAUAAUUUAAUACAUUUAUUUCGUCAAAUAUUUAGUAUAAUGUCUAAAAUUGCUUUUGAAAAAAAUUGUUGUAAACAUUAUUAUUUCAAGAUA